AUGAAGCUGCCUACUCUGGCUGGAAAAGAUGUUGGCCACACUGGCUACGGCCUCAUGGGGUUUACAUGGCGUCAGGUACCAACUUCGGAGCGCCAAUACACAGAGGCGAUGAAUACAGCUAUCUCUCUCGGAGCCAAUUUUUGGAACGGUGGUGAAAUAUAUGGAACUCCGGAGCACAAUUCUCUGCACAUUCUUCGAAAUUAUUUCGCGAAACACCCAGAGGCUGCAGAGAAAGUUGUUCUUAGCAUAAAAGGAGGCAUGAUAAAAGGGCAGCUCAAACCAGACGGUUCCGAGGAAAAUCUCCGGCGGAGUGUAGAUGAUUGUUUAUCGAUCCUAGAUGGUACAAAGGAGAUAGACAUUUUUGAAUGUGCCCGGCUGGAUCCUAAGUACCCAGUCGAAGAAACCAUUGGCCAUCUCGCAAAAAUGGUCAAGGAAGGAAAGUUUAAGGCUAUCGGUCUAAGCGAGGUUGAUGCAGAGACAAUACGUCGCGCACACAAAGUCCACCCGAUUGCGUCAGUCGAGGUUGAAUUAUCCUUGUGGACUCCAGAUAUCCUCAAAAACGGAGUUGCUUCGACCUGUGCGGAGCUUGGGAUACCCAUUGUAGCCUACUCUCCGCUUGGCAGGGGUGCGCUGGCGGGUGGAUUGACUAAAGCCUCCGAUCUUCCUGAAGGCGAUAUACGACGCAUUUAUCCAAGAUUCCAAGAUGAGGCCAUGGCCACCAACAUAAAAUUCAUCGAGGAUGUUAAAUCAUUUGCUCAAAGGAAGGGCAUAACAGCCGCUCAAGCUGCAUUGAACUGGGAAAGGACGCUAAGCAACAGCAGCAACAUGCCAACCAUCAUCCCGACACCUGGAGCCACCACCAAGGAGCGGGUGAUGGAGAAUAUGCAAACGAUGCCUUUGUUUUCCGCCGAAGAAAUGAGAGAGAUUGACGAGAUGAUUAACGCAAGCACUAUAAUUGGUGGAAGAUAUCCUCCUGCCCACUAG